AUGUCCGAAGAUAAUGUUCACGGCGUUUGGAAUUUUUUUUUAAAUGAUAAAGAAAAUAAUAAAACAAAAUGUCAACUUUGUCCAAAAGAAUAUAACAAUUCUUUAAAUGAAUCCACUGCCAAGAAUCAUAUCUCUCAGAAACAUCCUCAAGCAUGGAAUACU